AUAAAAGAAAAAAAAAGGGAAACAUGCCACUGUUAAUUUCUUCUUCUUUUUAUCUCAUCCUCCCCCAUUCCUUCCUUUACACAACAACUCUCCUCUCCCCCCUUAAAAUAGAAAAAGAUGUAUCAAAAGCUCUUUAUUCUCGCCACCUUUGCACUUACAGCCGUCAACGCUCAUCCUGGAUCACACGCCAUUGUGAACGCAGCAGUCGCUCCCUCCACUAACUUCAAAUUCACCGAGACUUAUCCUGAAGCUGGUAUCAUCCCCACCGCUAAACCCGAAUGGCUUGAAUUACUUAAAAAUGUAGAUAUUGCCGCUGCUCCUGUCUACAAGGUUGGUAACGGUCUUGGACCUCAACAAGAAGUAGCUGGUCAAGAUCCUUACUGUGAUUGGACCUUUACUGGCUGUUUCGGUAAAGACGAUCUCUACAAGUGUCCCAAGGGCCAAUGGGCUCUUACUUACGAUGAUGGACCCUCCGAGUUCUCACCCAAGUUGUACGAUUACUUGGAUAAGGUAGAUGUCAAGGUCACUUUCUUUAUGGUGGGUGGUCAAGUUGUCAAGUUCCCUGACUAUACUUUGCGUGCCUACAAGGCAGGUCAUGAAUUGGCCAUGCACACCUGGUCUCACAACUACAUGACUUCUUUAACCAAUGAACAAAUUGUUGCUGAACUCAAGUGGAACGAAUUAGCCAUCAAGGAAGUUACAGGUGUUGCUCCCAAAUACUUCAGACCUCCCUAUGGUGAUAUCGAUGACCGUGUGCGUAACGUUGCUGCGGCUCUUGGUUUCAUUCCCGUCAUUUGGAAUCACGAUACCAACGAUUGGGCUCAUGCUUCUGACCCUGUCAACUUCAAGUCUGCUUGGAUUGAUGGUAAUGUCACAAAAUGGGCUACUGCCGCAAAGACUGCUACUGUUGGUGGUAUCUCUCUCGAACAUGAUUUAUAUGAUAAGACUGUCGAUGCUGCUAUUCGUAUCUUGCCUAUCCUCAAGAAGGCUUAUACUUUAACUCCUGUUGGUCAAUGUAACAAUGUUGAUAUGUAUAAGGGUAACGAAACUGUUGUCGCUCCUGUUGCCAAGCCUACCACCACAACUCGUCCUGCCUCCAGUGUUGUCCCCCUUACCACUCCCGCUGCUGCUGCCGUGACUCCCGCUGCUGUUCCUGCUGCUCCUAGUGUCUCCGUUGCUUCUGUCGAUACAGCUGCUAUUGCUGCUGCUGCUGCUGGUUCGGGUGCCUCCAUGACUCAUGCCAGUGCCUUUGGUCUUGGUGUUGCUGCCAUUGCUGCUAUUGCUUUGCUUUAAAUAAUACAUUUAAUUUUUUUUCUUAUGCUUCUCUUACCCCCCCCCCCUUUCAAAAACCAUCCCUUAAUACCAAACUUUUUUUUUUCUUUUUUUUUUUUUACAUGUACACUUAAAUAAACUAUAUUUUUAAAAAAA